UCAAGGUGGAUUCUCGCUAAUCCUCCUUUUCUUUUCCCUUUAUUCACUUUGUGUCCCAGUUUUCUAGGGUUUCUGGUUGUCCAUGGCUUCUGGAGAUAUUGAGUACCGAUGCUUUGUUGGUGGGCUAGCAUGGGCCACCGACAACGAUGCUCUUGAGAAAGCCUUCUCUCCCUACGGCGAAAUCGUCGAAUCGAAGGUCAUCAACGAUCGUGAGACUGGAAGGUCGAGGGGGUUUGGAUUUGUGACCUUCGCAUCGGAGCAGACUAUGAGGGAUGCCAUUGAAGGAAUGAAUGGUCAGAACCUUGAUGGCCGCAAUAUUACUGUGAACGAGGCUCAGUCCCGUGGAAGGGGCGGUGGUUACGGAAACGGUGGAGGCGGAUAUGGCGGAGGAGGGUACAGUCGCGGCGGAGGAGGCGGAUACGGAGGGGGUGGCCGUCGUGAAAGUGGUGGCUACAGCCGCAACGGUGGCGGAGGCUACGGCGGCGGUGGCUACGGAGGCGGUGGCUACGGAGGAGGUGGUUAUGGCGGUGGGCGAGACCGUGGAUACGGAGAGCGUGGUUACGGAGACGGUGGGUCCCGCUACUCAAAGGGAGGUGGUGUUUCGGAUGGAAACUGGAGGAAUUAAGGGUGCGUUAAUUUAUGUUUAGCUGGUUAAAGGGGAGGUUGUGGUUUAUGCCAUGAUCAUGCCCUAGUGUUAUUUUGGGUGUUGGUAUAUCGUUUGUGGUUUGAGUUUCUGUUAUGGUUUCGUGUCCCUUAUGUGGUUCUCGUUUUUGACCUCUGAAUUGUGUACUGGUUGUUUAUAAACAAUCCAUUAAAGAAUUGUCAGAAAUUAUGACCAGAUAGUUUUUACUGAUUUAUGAUUUUAUGUCCUAUGUUGACUCUACCUUUUUCGAUUAAAUAUCUGUUGAACAACAACA